UUAAAUUGCAGUGUGACAAAUAUUUGUCAUUCAAACCAGAUUUUAGGUAGUUGGUGCUUCUAAGGUUGGUAAAAAUUCAAAAGUUAGACAAUGCUCACUGUUGAGAAGACAAUGAAGAAAGAAAAGAAGAGAAAAGAAAAGAAAAGACUCUUAUCCAUUACUAGUCACCAGUGACAUACACAUUAAAUAAAUCCGGUGGACACUGCAGUUUUCAUCUUGACCUCUCAGCAGUCUUUGUCACAGGGCCUAUUCCCUGGUGGAUUCCAGUCAAGUGUCUACAUUUCUGAUUUCCAUUCUCCUGAUAGUCUAUGGUAGUUUCAGGCAGGUUAUACCAAUUUAGGAUCAUGCAUGUUUUAAACAAAAUUUAUGCUUAUAAAUGCACCACAGAAUUUUAUCAAUGGAAAAGAUUUCUCUGGUGAACUUCUUUGUUUUACAAAUGAGGAAACUGAAGCUCAACAAGAUGAGGUCCCUUAAUAUGGACUUUGAAAAUCAAGAUAAAGAGAAAGACAGUAACAGUUCUUCGGGGUCUUUCGGUGGCAACAGCAGCAAUAAUAGUAUCCAAACUAUUGACUCUACCCAGGCCCUGUUCCUUCCAAUUGGAGCAUCUGUCUCUCUCCUAGUUAUGUUCUUCUUCUUUGACUCAGUUCAAGUAGUUUUUACAAUAUGUACAGCAGUUCUUGCAACGAUAGCUUUUGCUUUUCUUCUUCUCCCGAUGUGCCAGUAUUUAACAAGACCCUGUUCACCUCAGAACAAGAUUUCCUUUGGCUGCUGUGGACGUUUCACUGCUGCUGAGCUGCUAUCAUUCUCUCUGUCUGUCAUGCUUGUCCUCAUCUGGGUUCUCACUGGCCAUUGGCUUCUCAUGGAUGCCCUGGCCAUGGGUCUCUGUGUCGCCAUGAUCGCCUUCGUCCGCCUGCCCAGCCUCAAGGUCUCCUGCCUGCUUCUCUCAGGGCUCCUAAUCUAUGAUGUCUUUUGGGUGUUUUUCUCUGCCUACAUCUUCAAUAGCAACGUCAUGGUGAAGGUGGCCACCCAGCCGGCUGACAAUCCCCUCGAUGUGCUUUCCCGGAAGCUGCACUUGGGGCCCAAUGUUGGGCGCGACGUUCCUCGCCUGUCUCUGCCUGGAAAACUGGUUUUCCCGAGCUCCACUGGCAGCCACUUCUCCAUGUUGGGCAUUGGAGACAUUGUGAUGCCCGGACUCCUGUUGUGCUUUGUCCUUCGUUAUGACAACUACAAAAAACAAGCCAACGGUGACUCCUGCGGCGCCUCUGGACCCGCCAACAUCUCUGGACGCAUGCAGAAGGUCUCCUACUUUCACUGCACCCUCAUCGGAUACUUUGUAGGUCUGCUCACUGCUACUGUGGCAUCUCGCAUUCACCGAGCAGCACAGCCUGCCCUCCUCUAUUUGGUGCCAUUUACCUUAUUGCCACUCCUCACAAUGGCCUACUUAAAGGGUGACCUGCGGCGGAUGUGGUCUGAGCCCUUCCACUCCAAGUCCAGCAGCUCCCGAUUCCUGGAAGUAUGAUGGAUCGCAGUGACCAGACGGCCAUCCUCGUCUUUUCUGUCGACGCGUUUCCUCUUGGAGUUGGCCUGGUACUCGGAGACGUACCUGUUUAAGGAACUGACGUGGGACUGGAUUUUGCGUUUGCGGGGAGCUUGUCUGCAGGAGCGAGGUGCUGGGGCGCUGCCGGAUCCUCUUCCCGCCGCGGUGGAGGUGGAGCCCCUCCUGAAGUGACAGGCCUCCCCAGCGCGCCUCCCCCGGCUUUAUGGACCUGCAGUGGACUCGCCGUGGGAGAUGGUGUGGGACUGCUUAAAACUGACGGCGGCAUGGAGUCGCUCUGUACCUUUCGAACACUAAAAGGAUGAACACAUGAGCAAAGUGAAGUUUCCUCAGUGAACCCUCAAGAACGUUGGGAUCAGUUUCCAAUGGGGACUCGUUUCAGAGAACAGAGACAGAGCUCUUCUGUCCUUAUAUUCUUUCCUUUUUUGGAUUUAUUAAAUAUUUUCUGUGGUGUGAAAUGACUUAUUAAAUCCACAGACAUUGAGUGACUUCUUGCAACAUACACAUAUGGAUUGUUGUAAAGCGUUCAUGUCCACCCAGAUGUGUCGGCAGUGAAUGGGGGCACGGUUUUUAUACAUUCACACGCACAUAGAUAUGUAUGAAUAAACAAAACCUAAAACCUGCUAAGAUCAUGCUGUGUAGCAGACAGGGGCUCGCUGUGAUUGUUAGCAUGUAGAGCCGUUUUCUCUGGCUUUCUUGUACAUGGAUAAGCUGCUGUCUUUCCCUCCACGACUGAGCGUGCAGUUAAAAACCAGUAUAGUAUUUGUACUGAUAUACUCAUGGGCGUUAGGGGUCUCAUUUGGUUGUGGUCAGUAUAGCAAAUUAGGGAUGAAAAGAUAAACCUUUUUGGCCCUUUUCGUUUUUGCAGGCUCCUCCCUUGCAGGGUUUUAGUCCUUCCUUCCUGGACUGAUGCAUGUAUUGUAGCAGCAGGCGUCUUUGUGCUUUCUGAUCAUAGUAAUGGACGACUUGUAAAUACAUUUUUCUAUUUUCUAUUUUUUUGUAUUUUUUUUGGCAUUUUGUUUCAUUGGUGUGCUGUAUUUUCCAUGCCCUCACUCCUUUAAGGAAAAAAAAAAGGAAAAAAAACAACACAAUCCUCUCCUUGCUGUUGUGAUUAUAGUCUUGGUUUACCUGUGGUGACAACUGGGUAUUGGGGACAAAUGUCACGUGCCCCCCUCCCCCCAUAUUCCAGGGUGCACCCGACAUUCCAGGAAUUGUGGUCCGAGCCAGCGGCCCUGUUUGCCGGAGAGCAGCGUUCCCAUGGUAACUAGUGUGAGUGACGUGCGCCAGCCUUUGUCUAGCAGCCCUGCCUGGUAAGGAAGUGCCCAGUGUCCAGAGGCAGAGAGAAGCCUGGAAUUGGCCUGCGUUUCUGACAGCGGAGGCUGGAGCGGCACGAGUCCUGGUCUCCCGCGAGCAGGACCCUCCUGGCCCGCCCUGACCUGCGUGAUGAGCCUGCGCUGUGGGUCCUGUGCCUGAAGGCCCAGUGGACAGCACGGUGGGCCUGUGGCCUUGGGAAUGGGAAGCCAUCAGGGUGGUGCGUUCCUCUAUGUCUUCAAAUCCUGCUGAGGGCCGCCUUGUUUUCUGUUUUGUUUGUUUUUUAAAAAUAAAUGACUCCUUUCUAGA